AUGCUACAUGUAAUCUCCUUAAUACUGAGUGAGAUCCAAAAGCUUGUGCAUAACGAUUUUCAAGGAACAAUCAAUUACCUCUUCUCACUUCAAAAGACUCGCUACAUUAAUUUCGACAUGGCAACCGAGGAUGAUAAUUUUGAUAUUGAUAUUUAUGGCGAUGGAGGAUACAUUGGUAACGAGACCGAAGGGGAUUUCAAGGCAGAAGAACCAGAGCUUAUAUUGGACGCCUCUGACACGACCCUUCAAAAUGGGGUAGACGAUGGAACCUCAGGUGGUAAUGGUAACAAUGCAAUCGAGAACGGCAGCCACAAGAUCUUCAAAACUGACGACUCAGCGCAAGCCACCAAAGCACCCGAUAAUUUACAAUUACCGCAACCCCCACAGCAGGGUGUUAAGAGGAAAGAGAGCCCAACGGAUCGACCAAUGGAUCCUGAUGCAACCAGUGCAUUGUAUAUUUCUGACCUUUAUUGGUGGACAACAGACGAUGAGAUCCGUGGCUGGAUUAACGAAGCAGGAUGCGAAGAUGAGCUUAAAGAUGUCACUUUUAGCGAACAUAAAGUGAAUGGUAAAAGCAAAGGACAAGCGUUCGUCGAAUUCACUUCACCACAGGCCGCGACUGCCACGAAGCAUAAAAUCGAGUCUCAGAACACGGGAGUUCAAAAUGCAAGGAAAUAUUCUGUUAAUUACACUCAGCCGCAUAAUAACCCAUUCCGUACACUCCCAAAAGAUAAUCCCAUGCGUGGAAAAGACGACCGAUCAAGAUCCACGUCUACAGGAUUCAAUUCUCCUGUUCAGGGAAUGAAUUUCGGGAUGGGUAAUACCGGCGGAUACCGAGGGGGUCGCGGGGGCGGGUUUAAUCGUGGAGGUAUGGGGAUGGGCGGAUUUAAUACCAACCGUAAUUUCUCGGGGCCAAUGGGUAGUGGUGGGUUCCAAGGUGCAAUGGGCACCGGAUUCCAGGGACCCGCCACUGGGGGUAUCCAACCGUAUGUCGGGUUUAAUCGUGGAGGCAUGAUGGGAACUGGCAUGAGAGGCGCUCCGAACAUGCGCGGCCGGGGAGGUAUGGCAGCACCCAUGGGCGGGGGCAUGAUGCCCGUCGGGGGGAUGGGCGCUGUGGGAGGAAUGGGUGCAAUGGGUAUGGGUGGUAUGGGCAUGGGUGGAAUGGCCCAGAUGGGCGGAAUGAUGGGCGGAAUGCAAAAUAUGGGCAUGCAAGGGCAAGGCUUCCAGAAUCAGAAUCCGCACUUCAACCCGGCCUUCUUCGGUCAGCAUGGAGCCAGUGAUGGCACAUGGAACCCACAUGGGGCAAAGCGGACGCGUCAGGAAUAA